AUGGCCAUUGCACACAUCCACACCGCUCACAUGAAGACCGCACUAGUCACUGGCGCCUCUCGCGGGAUUGGCCUGCAGCUGGUGAAGGAGCUGCUGGGAGAGGGCUACGCUGUGGUGGCCACUUGCCGGGCGCCGGCCACCUCCACCGGCCUGCAGGACCUGCUGCACACCCGGCAGCGCGGCCGCUUGCUGGGCGUGGUCCCACUGGACGUGAGCGACGGGCGGAGCGUGACGGCGGCGCUGGCCACGGUGACGGGCGAGCUGGGCCUGACUUCGCUGGACGUGCUCAUCAACAACGCCGGCGUGGCCACGGCCAAGCACCCUGACGAGCCUGUGCUGGAGGCCACCGCGGAGGACAUGCAGAGUGUGUUCACCACCAACGUGGUCGGCCCCAUGCUCGUGACCCAGACCUUCUAUCCCCUCCUCCUCGCUUCCUCAUCAUCAUCAUCAUUGGCCUCGGCGCUGCCCAAGGUCGUCAACGUGUCCUCGCGCAUGGGCUCCAUCUCGCUCUACCAAGACAUUUCGCGAGGAGGAGCGACGUCGGCUUCGUACAGGGUGAGCAAGGCCGCCCUCAACAUGCUCACGAAGUGUUUUGCCGUGGAGCAUGCCGACGAGUGCAUCCACAUUGCCAUCCAUCCUGGCUGGGUGCAGACAGAGUUGGGCAGUUCCCACGGAAGGAAGCCACCGGUGACGCCCGAGCAGAGCGCCAAGGGCAUCGUGAGCGUGCUGCAGGGACUGAAGAAGGACGACAACGGCUCCUUCUUCAAUUUCGAUGGCCAGCAGCUCGCCUGGUGA